UUUUGCUCUUUGCGCUAGUUUCGUAAAUAUUGAAUCCAGUAAACACACAAACAUAUGAUUUCACAUAUUUUUUUAUUAAAUUGCAAAUUCUAGCAGAAGUUAAUACAUUUUUAUAUUAUCUUCAUAUACAAAUAAUAUUUUUACAGUGAUUUAUUAAUUAUAUAAAAACCAUAAUGUCGAUAAUAAUCGAAGACGAACAAAUGAAUAAUCUGCGGAUGUUGCCUCGGAUAGUGCUGAUAGCCUGUGGUUCCUUCAGUCCACCGACGCCAAUGCAUUUUCGCAUGUUCGAAAUAGCGCGUGACUAUUUCAAAACACAAGGCACACAUAACGUCGUUGGUGGCAUCGUUUCACCCACACAUGAUUCCUAUCAGAAGAAAGGUCUCGUUGCUGGUACACAUCGUUUUGCUAUGUUGAAAUUAGCAUUGCAAUCGUCAACAUGGAUAAAGCCUUCUGACUGGGAAAUCCAACAAACGGAAUGGUCACGCACACUCUCCGUUCUACAGUACCAUCAAAACCAUAUGAAUAACUAUAUCAACUCACCACUAGAGAGUGACAUGAAUGGCACUCUACCGGGUUGGAUGCCUUCCGGUUUGCGUGAGCGUCAAGAUGGUGUGCAAUUGAAAUUGUUGUGUGGCGCUGAUUUACUAGAAUCAUUUGCAGUACCUGGCUUAUGGGCAGAAAAAGAUAUUGAAGAUAUUGUAGGCAAUCAUGGCCUGGUGGUAAUCACACGUUUUGGUGCUAAUCCGGAAAAAUUCAUUUUCGAGUCAGAUUUGUUGACUAAAUAUCAGAAAAAUAUUACAUUAAUAACGAAUUGGGUACCGAAUGAAGUUAGUUCUACCAUGAUACGACGUCUCAUUUCACGCGAUCAGUCAGUGAAAUAUUUGCUUGAUGAUCGAGUUAUUGACUAUAUACAUAUGCAAGGACUAUUCAAUUGUAAAACUUUCACUUUAGAUAAUCGUAAGCCGUCCAGCAUUCAACAGGUCUUUUGUUGUGGUGACAAUGAGAAUAACGCCGCAGCCAAGAAAUUGCUACCAAGUCGUAAUGGGCCAGGACAAGUGGUGCAGGUGGUGACGUCCGAGAAGGGCGGUACGAAAGUGACAACGGAGCUACAACGUGCUGGCAGCGGAUGGGAUGAGUCCGAUGCCAAAAAGCAGAAGACAGAUGCGGUGAAUGUUUAAAUACAUUGCUCGAGAGUUCCUGUUAGCGAAUAGAAGACA